AUGUCAGCCUCGCUCCGAGUUCUAAUAGACUUAGCGCUUGCUGUCCUUCCCAAGUUCGUCGCUGCUGCCCGGGUACAAGGCUCACUCUGGAAAGAAAAGCCCAAACUACGGACAUUCUACGGAUAUCUCACGGCUAAUCUGGUGGCAAUCCACGAGAUACUUGGCGGGUUGGGGGAACGCCAUGACUCGGUCUUGGGACAACUCGCCGGCCACGGGUUAUCGCAGGCGGUGGAAAAGUUGUUGCUGCGUCUCGAGCGUCUGGCGAGGACUACAGGCACAGUUGACGCUGCGCAUCCAUUUCCAAAGCUCCAAACCCUGAGGGCUGUGUCUGCAACCACAUCGAGUGACAGCUGUGGCCUGCGUCGAAUGUCGGCAGCCGUACUGAAGGACCACCGGGCUAAACUUCUGCGACAUGUCGACAACAGCCUUGCCAUCCUUGGUCGUAUCGUCAUGCGACAAGGCGAAUUACCCACGACAAAAUCGUGGCAGGACGGAGCCCAGCCGCCUGGAGCGACGGAGCAAGGUCCAGCCAGCGGCCAGGGGACGGGGGACCAGGCUCCUGACCUCACCUAUGAAAUCCAAGUCUUCCACAGGGCCAUGGCUAAGCGUUGGCCAUGCUCUUGUUCGAGGCGACACGGCGCUUUGCUUCGCCUGACAUCAUUUUACACGGAGAGAGAUAUCAGUGCCCAUCGGACGUUCCACAUGAAGUUACUGUUCUCUCGUAACAGCCUUGACUCAUGGAAACAGGCCCAAAUCCAGUUGGAGAGAGGUCCAGCACAAGUCCACUUUGCCUUGGGUGUGACAAACCCUGCCGAGCAUGCAGAUCAUCCCAUGACAGGCACAGUGCAUACUGGGCCUGAGUCUGGAUUGCACACGGAUGGGGAGGCAGACGAAGCCAGUUACCGAGAUAUUCCAUUCCAGUCCGGCUCACUGUGCCGGCUCAUGCUUGCCUGUCAACGAGACACUCAGAUGUUAUACUUGCUAGCACGGAGACAACGAAAUAAAACCCAUCUCCGCGGCAGUUUGAGGAGACUGGCCGACCUUAGCGUGGACCGACUAAUACCUCUUUCCUCAAUCCUGAAUGGCACCGGUAGUAAUGCUUUCUUGGAUCUAAGACAGAAUAUCAAGGAGCGGCUGGUGUUAGCAAACAUACUCGCGACAGCCGUCUUGCAUCUCCGUGCCUCGCCGUGGGCACAGCGACAGUGGGUCAAGGAGAGACUGUGUUUGGCGUUAUCGGGGCGGGAGAAUUCCCCCACCGAUUGCGUGGUCCAGCUUUACCUCGAAUCAGAUCUCGAUGAGCACACCGGAGAGGGUGAUUACUAUGAUGUCCAACAUCCUUGCCCUAUUCUUGUGGAUCUUGGGGUCCUUCUCGUCGAGCUCGAGUUGGGCAAACCCAUUCAGGAAUUGGCGCACCUCAUGGCUCCGGGGAAUCAAGUCUCGGAAAUCGCGCUUGACCGGACCCCCUGCAUUUCGUUGCUGGAAAGGGUGCUUCGAUCCGAUCUCCUCUCGAGAACAUUCGCGCCCUACCAACAGGCAAUCUGGGCAUGCUAUGACUGUAGGCCCUCGGGCAAGGACCCGACUGAGAUUCAGCAAUGGAUCAAAGACAAGAUAUGCGGGCCUCUGAGUCAGCUUCUUUCUGCAUCAUUUCAAAUUCGCAUCACUUCCGAUGGCAUACAGACCGCUCAGAACCAGUUUCUGAGCUUGGGGGACCCUGUGCAGAGAAAUGACCAUCCAGCUCAAAGCAGCGUUUGGGGUGCCAAUGAUCGGUUGGUCUCGGUAUUGUUUCAACCUGGGCAAUUUCUAGACUGCGAACGCAGCCUAAUGGCGGACGAUGCUUCCAAAUGGGCUGGCGCCGACGACUGGUUUGAAACCCUCCAGCGCAAGACACACUCCCACUUUGUAGGUUUAAGUGUGACCCGCCGACCAGUCAAGCCGAUCAAGAUUGCCAUCCUCGACACGGGUAUCGAUGCUGAACGCCACCCCCGGACAAAAGCCGUCAUGGCUACCAACCCUCAGCUCCGCGGGUCAUCGAAUCGCAUCAAAGGACUGCGCUCGUGGGCAAACGACAAGGUCUAUGGAGAAGACGUGAGGUCAAUGAAGGAUGAACACGGACACGGUACGCACGCGGCUGGGCUGAUCUUGAAAGUGACCCCGUUUGCGGACAUAUACGUGGCACAAGUGACGAACGGUGUGUUUUUUGAGCCGGACCCGGUCGCUAUUGCCCAGGCGAUUAAAUAUGCGGUCGAGGACUGGGGGGUCGACAUCAUUAGUAUGUCCUUUGGAUUUGAUGACGAGAUCGACGACAUGGCCGAGGCUAUCGACGUGGCCCACGCCAAGGGGGUGAUCAUGGUGGCGGCGGCUUCCAACGGCGGGAAGAUCAAGAGCGAAGGAGAUAGUUAUCCUGCGUCCAGUGUCAAGGUCAUCUCGAUUCGGUCGGCGAACGGCAGUGGACGGGCAUCGGAGUUCAACCCGGACAAACCAGACCCGAGGACGUACUCGACCUACUUCAACGUGGUGGGUGAGUAUGUGCUCUCGGCCUGGCCUACGCAUCUGGAGCCCAGCGGCGAGAAACGGGCCAGUGGGACGUCGGUGUCGACACCGAUUGCGGUAGGUGUGGUGGCCCUGAUGCUGGACUAUCUCUGGGUGAGGUUGUGUGACACGGAGAAGACGGCGCUGUUCGACAGUAUCCGACACACGCCCAACGCCACGGCUGUGCGGACGGCACUGAGCUUCAUGACAGGGAAGAAGGACAAGACGCAGAGUCUCUAUUUCCUCAAGCCGUGGCUACUGAUGUCUGAUCAAGCGAGUGCUAGAUGGAAACUUUUCGAGGAGCAUUUCAAGAUAGCGUGA